AUGAAAGUGGUUUUGGUUCUUUGUGUUCUCGUGGUAUCAGCAACAUGCGCACCCACUACCACUGUUAACCCCGAAAUAUUAGCGCGGCGUCAUUUACCUGCGCUGGAGCAUGAAGAAGUGCAUGACGAGUUUGGACAAUACGCUCUUCGCUACGUCACAGCUGAGGGAACCGUAGUCUCUGAACGUGGCCGUCUUGUACCAACUGCUGAUGGAAAGGACUACGUGCUCAUCACCGAGGGUGAAGUUUCAUAUAUCGGCGACGAUGGUGAACUCUACAUUACCAAAUUCACUGCUGGGAUCGACGGAUACCACGUAGAAAACAAUCAUCAGCCCAUUGCACCUGGUGCACAAUCUGAAGAGUCGAAGUCCCAGUAA